AUGUACAGACAAGAAGGGAGCUUUGCAUCAAGUAAUGGUCGUAAUUUGCUCACCCUUGCUAUAGAAGCAUAUAGACCUGAAAACACUGAACAUGCUAUAGGAGCAAGGAGACCAGAAAGAACUGAACAUGCUAUAGGAGCAUGGAGACCUGAAAACACUGAACAUGCUAUAGGAGCAUGGAGACCUGAAAACACUGAACAUGCUAUAGGAGCAAGGAGACCAGAAAGAACUGAACAUACUAUAGGAGCAUGGAGACCAGAAAGAACUGAACAUGCUAUAGAAGCAUAUAGACCUGAAAACACUGAACAUGCUCUAGAAGCAUGGAGACCAGAAAGAACUGAACAUGCUAUAGGAGCAAGGAGACCAGAAAGCACUGAACAUGCUAUAGAAGCAUGGAGACCAGAAAGAACUGAACAUACUAUAGGAACAUGGAGACCAGAAAGAACUGAACAUGCUAUAGGAACAUGGAGACCAGAAAGAACUGAACAUACUAUAGGAACAUGGAGACCAGAAAGAACUGAACAUGCUAUAGGAACAUGGAGACCAGAAAGAGCUGAACAUGCUCUAGGAGCAUGA